GAUAAAUUAACAAGUAUAAAAAAAUAACAAAAUUAUUGUAGUACAUAAAAAUAUUAAAAAAUCAAAAUGUCUACGACGCAAAUAACUAACCCAGCAGACCUAAUUUGUGGAUUAAAAGCAGCAGUAACUGCAUUAGAAUGUUACCAUCAAAUGGAUAUAUUAAAACGCACGCAGCAAGCGAAACAAAAAAAGACACUUCCACCAAUGUUUAUGAUGAUUCCCAUAGAAGAAAAAGAUGUUGCAAUAUCAAAAAAGAAGUCAAAAACUACGUGUAAAACGAAUGUAUCUGUGAAAGACAUCCAAAGUAGAAAGGAAGGUAUAUCAAUAACUGAUACAAAAUUUAAUGGAAAGGACAAUUGCCAUAAUUUGUCGCCUGAUUUAAAAUUUCCUGAAAUGAGAAAUGGAUACUUAUAUACAAGAUGCUACUGCGUGCAUAGAGAUGGUCUUCAGGAUACUUGUCCAUUGACUCAAUGUCAAGGACAGCCCGAAUGUCUUUUUAAACCAUGGCCUGUCUGCCCACCCGCAAAAUAUUUGCGAUGUCGGUACCCAAAACAAUACCCAAUGCAAUAAAGUUCAAAUAGUAUUACAUAUUAAUCAGUAUGUUAAAUAAACUACAUGUACAGAUGC